CCAGACCGUCCUCUCCCCGGCCACCUCCACCAGCUCCUCCGGCAGGACCCCAAGGCGUUCCCAGACCAGAUUGGAGAUGUAACCUCUCCAACGUGUCCUGGGUCGACCCGGGGGCCUCCUGCCAGCAGGACGUGCCUGAAACACCUCCCCAGGGAGGCAUCCAGGAGGCAUCCUGACCAGAUGUCCAAACCACCUCAACUGGUUCCUUUCGAUCCGGAGGAGCAGCGGUUCUACUCCGAGUCCCUCCCGAAUGUCCGAGCUCCUCACCCUAUCUCUAAGGCUGAGCCCGGCCACCCUACGGAGGAAACUCAUUUCAGCCACUUGUAUCCGCGAUCGCAAUCUUUCGGCCGUUACCCAAAGCUCAUGACCAUAGGUGAGGAUUGGGACGUAGAUCGACCGGUAAAUCGAGAGCCUAAUAAUAAUAAUAAUAAUAAUAAUAAUAAUAACAAAGUCAUUGUAGACAUGAAAUAUAAAAUCACACUGAUAAUCAUAUAAAAAAUGAAGUGAUCAUAUUCUGUUCAAAAAGGAGUUUGAGGAAGCUGAUGCUUAUUAAAUCCUACCCCCCUUUGACACAUAAAACAUAAUACAGUGAACUGAUGUGCAUUUUGCUUGCAGUAAUGCUGCUUUAGCUGCUGAAUGCAUGCUGCCGUUCUAGCAUUUUGCAUUAAACCUAGAAACUCCCCGCAGAUGCCAGUGCAGCUGUUUUGACAAUAUUAUGUAAAAUUAGCAACUUGACUCACGAUUCUCGGCUCUGAGACACAUUUUGAACACAUCAUUUUUCUUGAAUGGUAAUGAGUUUAUUUUUGUGUUGUAAAAGUUAUAAGACGGUGAAGGGAAUGAUCCAACUCAAUUUUGGCACUUUUUAAAAGUUUUAAACCAAAGCACCGUUUUGAUUCCUUUGCUCCCCUGGGGCCGGUUGUAAACUUUUCACGCUCCAGACUCUAAUGAAUUUGGCUGGAGGAAUGUCGAUAUUUAUUGGAACAGGCCUGUGGUGCACAGGAAUAAUCUUCAAACCUCAGCCUGCUGCUUCUGUGACCAUAGUUGGGCAACCUUGGCCUUCUGUCUGCGGCAGUGUUGUAAUAACAAUUUCUUAGAAAAUAUCUCCAACCAAAAUUUCCACUCUGCUUUUUUGUUGUAAUUAUAAUCUUAGCUGAAUGCUUCUUGCACAAAUGGACGAUUAGUACUUGUUAGUCCCCUCUUUUGUCCAUGUAGCUGUUUCUCUUUCUCUCUGUAUCUUCAUACACGAGUGUGUGCCUGCAGUGUCUGCUGUAUAGCCAUAUAGGGCUGAACGCACUGCAGGAGGCGUCCCCUCAGCUAUGAACCGCUGGCCGCCAUCACUGUCACCCCCAUCCCCUCUCCUGUUUGGGGACAAGCUGCAGCUGCCGACACAGCUGGAGGUUUCAUCGCAUUCUUCAUCUGUCUACUUUACUAAACCUUUAACACACUCACCCCGUCACCCCAUGAACUCAUACUCUCACCGGCUGCACACGCUUCCCAGCCCGCCGCCAAAGAAAGCGCCGUUCCCCCUCAUUCGGGACUUCGUGAUGGAUUCAGGAACAGAAGUUGGCGAAUGAGAAAGGAUUUUAUGAUUUCCCGACCUAAUCUUUGUGUUGUCUUUGACUGCGAGCGCAGCUUCUCGUAUAAAUCCCAGAUAACUAACAUCGCGUGUGAGACGAUUCUGCGUGUCUCCAUCAGAUUUAACCCUCCUCUCUGCAUGGGUCUGCGACGUGCCAAACUGCCAAGCUCCUGUUGGGACUUCCUUUUGUUUGUUUUGCGCCACCAGGGACAUCGGCUCAGCUCUCACAAGAAUGUGUAUGAGACACCGCAGCAUCGAGACGAAAUUACGCCACUUCACCAAUGUCCUCGUGGAAGGCUUGGUUACGCCACUCCAAGACAGGAUAGAGGAAUGGAAGAAGACGGCUAACCAGCUGGACAAAGACCAUGCCAAAGAAUAUAAAAGGUCUCGUCAGGAAAUCAAAAGGAAGUCAUUGGAUACAGUAAAACUCCAAAAGAAAGCAAGGAAAGGCCGGGGGAACCUGCGCCCCCAGCUGGACAGCGCCAUGCAGGACGUCAGCGACCUGUACCUGCUGAUGGAGGAGACGGAGAAGCAGGCUGUACGAAGAGCACUUCUGGAGGAGAGAGGACGCUACUGUACAUUCAUCAACUUACUUCAGCCAGUGGUGAAUGUAGAAAUUGCCAUGCUGGGAGAAAUUACUCAUUUACAAGCCAUCGUUGAUGACCUGACUGUACUGACUGAAGAUCCGCACAAGCUGCCACCCGCCAGUGAGCAGGUAAUUCGGGACCUGAAAGGCUCCGACUACAGCUGGUCCUACCAGACCCCUCCUUCAUCCCCCAGCAGCACCAACUCCAGGAAGAGCAGCAUGUGCAGCCUGCUUCAGAUGCCAUCAGCAGGAGCACAUCGGCUCAGCAGCGUCUCCUCCCACGACUCAGGCUUUGUCUCCCAGGACGCCAACACCCAUUCCAAGCCUCCCUCACCCAUGCCCUCUGAUAUCACCAGCCAGAAAUCCACGAGCUCAGCCUCCUCUGAGGCUUCAGAAACCUGCCAGUCUGUCAGCGAGUGCAACUCUCCUACAGCGUAUGGCUCAUGCUCCUCCUUCGGUACCUUCCGCGCUGCUUUCUCUCACACUGGCACCAUCAGGCCUCUAUCUGUCAUAGUCCCCGCGUCCCCCACAUUUACCCACUCACCUGGAUCCAACAACCCUUCACCCACAUCAAAGGUUCCUAGCUGGAAGGACUGGGCCAAGUUGAGUCCCUGUGAGGCUUCACUGGCUAGCACUCUGCAGCGCAGGAGGGAAUCUGUGGAAAAGAUGAGAGAGAUGGAGACGCCGCCUAGUCCGCAGGGGUACUCUGGGAUGCAACCAGGGGAUCUGCACCGAGUGAGAAGUGGCCCAGGAACGAUUACAGCCAAGCAUGGAGAGCCCCUGUCUCCAGCAGCCAGUACUUUAGCCAUGGUUCUGACCCGAGGCUUGAGUAUGGAGCAGCAGAAGAGCAGCAGAGACUCUCUGCAGUACUCCAGCGGCUACAGCACACAGACUAACACCCCUUCCUGCUCUGAGGACACCAUCCCAUCCCAAGGUUCUGAUUAUGAGUGCUUCUCUCUCAACGGGGAUGCCGACAGUGAGGGGCAGGUGGACUUUGACAAGUCGUCCACCAUCCCACGCCACAGUAACAUAGCUCAGAGCUACCGCCGCAUGAUCCAAACCAAAAGGCCUGCCAGCACAGCAGGGCUUCCCGCGGGUAAAAGCCUGCAGGGAACCCCUAACGGUGCAGGAGGAAGCAUCUCCGGAGCCAUUUCCUCUGGGACUGCCACCAUUCGCAGGACGCCGUCCUCCAAAACCAGCGUGAGACGCACACCUUCCACAUCAGGCCCCAUUCCCAUCAGGCCCCCCAUCGUUCCAGUCAAAACCCCCACAGUGCCAGACUCUCCCGGGUAUGGCAGCCCAUCCCAGCAUCGUAAAGGCAGCGAGGAGUUUGUGUAUAGUGAUGACCCAUCUGCUAGUGACUACACAAGGGGCUCUCCAAAGAGGAUGAGCCUCCCUGACACGACAUGGGGCUUUGGAGGGGGAGGGGGAGGAGGAGCGGUGGAGAGGACAAUUUACACCCACCAAGCCGCCGGCAUGGCUGCCCACGGUUCAGAUGAGGACCCUCAGCUCGCUGCCAACCGUCACAGCCUGGUGGAGAAGAUAGGAGAGCUGGCAGCCAGCGCGCACGCCCUCGGCGAGGGUCAGUUUCCCUUCCCCAGCUCGACAUCAGGGGACGCGGCUCAGAGUGGGCUCCGGGAGCCGUCCUCUGUGACACGGGAGGACGUGGACAUGCUGGUGACCAUUCGCCGAGGGGUCAGGCUGCGCAAGACACUGACCGAUGACAGAUCAGCUCCCAGGAUCCUUCGGUAAUCCAGAGCGAGGACAGGAAGCAGCUGCGGUGUCCUUAUUUACAAACGGAUGCUUAAUCAAACAAAAGAGCGCUCGUUUAACAUGAAGCGAGGCACGAAGACGAACCUGAAGUCCAGUCCAGGAACAAGUAACUGUACUGCGUACAAAGUAAUCCAUUUUUUUUUUUGUUUUUAUUCUUCUGUUUGUUCCGUUUGGUGGACGUUGUGGCUGUUCUUCUCUUACCUGUGUGGCCAGUUAGUUUCAGCCCACUUCCUCCCAGUAAACCCAGUGAUCAGCACCGCUCCUCUGGGCGUCAUUGUUCUUAAAAUGAUUACUUUUCUGUGCAUUUCUCAGUUGCUGCAGCCACCUUGUAGUGGAAAGUGAGCAGCGCAGUGCUCUGCGAGCCUGUUGUUGUUUUUCCAUACUGCUCCUGUCCAAGCACCGUAUUCCUGUUCUGCUUCAUGAGCUGGACAGCAGCUGUGUAAUUUCAUGUAAAAAUAGAAGCAAUAUGCCGUGUUUAUAUUGCUGUACCGUACUGUCUAUAUAUUCUGCAAUUAAAAAGGCUUUUUACUGUAUAA